GGGACAGUAUGGUAGUCAAGGCAGUGUUUCCAUCUGAUAAAGACGCCUGCUUCAAAUGGUUUGCUAAGCUCGCCAUGUGGGAGGAGCCAGAUAUAGAGCCAGAGACAGCUCGGAGGAUAUUCACUGAAAAUAUACUCAACCUCACUCCAUCAUCACUCACUGACUGUGGGUUUAGGUGCUUCGACAGGUUCUUUAGGAUGGUCAAUCACAACCAGUCAAGACUCUCCAAAUGGAACAGAACCUCUUUUAUCACAGAAAGCAUCGAUCUGAUUGGUCUUGAUUACCUGUGGGACUGCGUCCUUCAAGUUAAUGACAGCAUAUCCUCCAAACCCAUUGAACUCAUGAAGGACAUAUUCACUAACCUCUCCUCCAAACUACCUCAGGAACAGAUCCACCAGGAGUUCAUCAGUGUGUGUAUGCAGAGAAUGGAUAUCAUUAAUAAAGUACUCUACCAAUAUAAACCUCAUGAACUAGUGACUGAGGCUUCUGAUCAAGUUAAUAAGCUUGUUAGGUGUUUGAAGCUACUGCUGGAGUAUAUUGUGGAGUGUGACAAUGAGCAUAUGGAGGAGAGAGGGAUACCACCUCAUGGGAAGUCCUAUUGGGGUAAGCCCCUCUCAUUAACCAUCAGAUAUUGUUCGACUCCAAACUCACAACCUGAGGACUUUGAUAUAUGGACCCACCAUCACGACACCAUAGCAUCACUGAGGAGGCAGAUAGCAAGGAAAAUCAAUGUUCAUGACUCCUCAAAGUUAGAGCUGGUCGUUGGGAAUGAGAUUAUUCGUAAAAAUGAGAACUACAGAUAUGUCAUUGCAGCCAGCAUACCACUGAGGGAUAAAAUGGUUGUCACCAGUGAGACUGCACCAGUACAGUAACAUCAGCGAG